AUGCACCUCACGCCUUGCCUCGUGCUCUCUGUCCUGGGGUUAGCCAGCUUGACACAACGGUCCUGCGCCCAAGAUGCACGCAAACCAAUCCCUUACAAGGUUCAAAAGCCGCCCCUCGACACGCCUUGGACCUACAAGGUCGGAACAGACUCAUGGCCCGAGCACCCCCGCCCGCAGCUUGUCCGCGACGCCUGGCAGAGCCUGAACGGGAUCUGGACGUACCAGCCGGCAGAAGAGAAGAAGGGCGUCAAAUUUCUCCCGGGACGCCCUCUGGAGCGCGAGGUCCUCAUCCCGUCGUGUAUCGAGAGCGGCCUGUCCGGAUUGCAAGAAUUGAACGUCACGCGGAUGUGGUUCGCAACUACAUUUAAGGUCCCUGCACACUGGGAAAGGCAGAUGGUCUUGCUUCACUUUGAAGCGGUAGACUAUGAGGCCAAGGUUUUUGUCAACGGUGAACGUGUUGGCUCCCAUGUCGGAGGAUAUUCUCGCUUUAGUCUUGAUGUCACUCGACAUCUGCGGCCUGAGGGGGCGAACGACUUACUUGUUUACGUUCAUGACCCUACAGACGUGAAACCGCAUGUCAUCCCCGUCGGCAAGCAAUCCAAAAAUCCGCGGCAUAUCUGGUACAGGCCUUGCUCGGGUAUUUGGCAGCAAGUCUGGGUCGAGAGCGUGCCGGUGAACCACAUUACACAACUGGACAUUGAAGCAAACAUGGAUGGCAAAUUGGUGGUCUUUGCCCACAACUCGCAGGCGCAGAUAUCCCCGCAUGUCGAGGUGUCUGUCUACGAUGCCGACGGCAAGCUUGUAGUAAAGGGCUCGGGCCAAUCCAAUAGUCCCUUCGAAGUCCAGGUCAAGAGCCCUCACCUGUGGUCUCCUUCUCACCCGGUGCUCUACCGGCUUUCUCUCACAAUGGGCAGUGACCAAAUUUCUAGCUACACUGGAUUUCGCAGCAUCUCAACAGGUGUGGUCGAUGGAAUCCCCCGACCACUCCUGAAUGGCGAGUUCAUCUUUCAAUUUGGAACCCUGGACCAAGGAUACUGGCCAGAUGGUCUCUACACGCCGCCAAGCCGCGACGCCCUCAUUUAUGACCUGCGCGUGCUCAAAAGCCUCGGAUUUAAUAUGCUGCGCAAGCAUGUAAGCCAUCCCAAGCUGCACCAAAAACAUCGCAGAGCCCCACCUAAAGUUCAUGUCCUGCAGAUCAAAAUUGAACCUGAUUUGUUCUAUCACGCCUGUGACGAAUUGGGACUGAUGGUGGUGCAAGACAUGCCAAGCUUGCCACCAGACGAUGCAGGCACGGGUCAUCCGGAUGCUGCGCAGCAGGAAGAAUACCAACACCAGAUAGAGACGAUUGUUCAGCAACACAAGAAUUUCCCCUCCAUUUUCACAUGGGUCAUCUAUAACGAGGGCUGGGGGCAGCUGCGGUCUCCUCCAUGGCCGGAGGAGAAGCUGGUUGAUAUCAUACGCGGCCUCGACCCAACAAGGCUCAUUAAUGCCGUGAGCGGAUGGUUCGAUCACGGAUUCGGUGAUUUUGCGGACAACCAUCAUUACACAGGCCCCCAGUGUGGCGUACCACCUUACGACACGCGCCGCGUCUCCUUACAGGGCGAGUUCGGCGGCAUCGGACACAAUGUCUCGAUCGAGCAUCUGUGGAACGUCAAGCAGGCCAUAGACGGCAUUGAUGAAACGUACGAAAUUGUGAAGGAUCUCAAGGCGUACAAUCAACGAUCAGGCGACCUGCUUCAUGAGCUCCGGCAGCAGAUUGAGCAGCACGCCUGCAGCGGCGGGGUCUGGACGCAGACGACCGACGUCGAGGGCGAGGUCAACGGGCUGCUGACCUAUGACCGACGCAUUUUACGACCGAACAUAGGGCAGUGGCGGAAAGAUAUCGCGGCUUUGUAUGAGGCUGCGAGGGUAAGGCUUGGAAAGAUGUGA